AUGGAAAACGAAGGAAAUAUUCGAGCAGAUGUGAACAACGAUGACGACAUCAGCAAUGGUUCGGCGCACUUGCUUUCCAAAAGAAUGAGCAUCGGUCGAUUACGAAAAUAUCUUCUUGUUUUACUUUCAAUCAUGAUCGCUUUCUCUCUCUUCUACUUGCUUUUCGUCAGCUUGCCCUGUAUGAAGUAUAUCAACUCAUGGUAUUGUGAACAUUUCAAUCGACGAUACGAAUUCAGCUGGGCAUUAGUCUCGCUUAUCUACGAUACCCUUUGGCUUAUAGUCACUUUCCGUUCUCAUGUAAAAGGAUUAUUAUUCUUCGCAUGGCUGAGUACAAUCUUAUUAUGCAUAUUUGGAGUAUUUCUCAUCGUUGCUCUUCUGGCGAUCUUUCAAACAAUGCUGUAUUUUCAUAUGAUCGAAACUCAUAUUAUAGUUGCAUCCGUGAUUUCAGUUGUUUUGUGCAUAAUAACGUUAGUUUUACAGUUAAUAAUCAUUCUAUUCUCAUUUAAGUUAUCGAAAUUAAUCUCGAAAAGCAUCGAAAAAGUUGAUGAUUCGUUAUGA